UGUCACUCGUUCCUUCGUGGCCAAUAACGUAACCGCGUCACGGCCGUCACGGCGCACACGCGAAGAUGGAAGCCGGUUAUAUUAGCGUCGGGUUGCCCUUCAAAUGACACUACUUCCGUAGUUGCCGAAGUGUGAACAACUCCCUGACGUUCGUUACUCGCAUAAACAAUCAUGAGCAAAAUUGGAAUCAACGGAUUCGGACGUAUCGGACGUCUCGUUCUGAGAGCGUCGAUCGAACGCGGAGCGACAGUCGUCGCUAUCAAUGACCCGUUCAUCGGUCUUGACUACAUGGUUUACAUGUUCAAAUACGACUCGACCCACGGUAGAUUCAAGGGUGAGGUCAAAGCUGAGGGUGGAAAUUUAGUUGUUAACGGCAACUCGAUCGCUGUCUUCAGCGAACGUGACCCCAAGGCGAUCCCAUGGGGCAAAGCCGGUGCUGAGUACGUCGUUGAAUCCACCGGUGUCUUCACCACCAUCGAGAAAGCUUCCGCUCAUCUCGAAGGUGGCGCAAAGAAGGUUAUUAUCUCGGCGCCGUCAGCUGAUGCUCCGAUGUUCGUCGUAGGUGUGAACCUUGAGGCCUACGAUCCCAAAUACACCGUUGUCUCGAACGCUUCCUGCACGACCAACUGUUUGGCUCCUUUGGCCAAGGUCAUUCACGACAACUUCGAGAUCGUAGAGGGUCUCAUGACCACCGUUCACGCAACAACAGCCACCCAGAAGACCGUUGAUGGACCAUCCGGCAAGUUAUGGCGUGACGGACGUGGUGCCGCCCAAAACAUAAUCCCCGCAGCGACAGGAGCAGCGAAAGCCGUGGGCAAAGUAAUUCCGGCUUUGAACGGAAAAUUGACGGGAAUGGCUUUCCGCGUGCCAGUAGCAAACGUCUCGGUCGUUGAUUUGACAGUGCGCCUUGGAAAGCCAGCGUCUUACGACGCGAUCAAGGCUAAGGUAAAGGAAGCUGCGGAGGGACCACUCAAAGGAAUCCUUGGCUACACCGAGGACCAAGUUGUCUCGUCCGAUUUCAUCGGUGACAACCAUUCCAGCAUCUUCGACGCCCAGGCUGGAAUUCCACUCAACGAUCAAUUCGUCAAACUCAUUUCUUGGUACGACAACGAAUUCGGUUACUCAAGCCGUGUCAUCGAUCUUAUCAAGUUCAUGCAGACCAAAGAUCAGUAAACGCGAUAAGAAAAACAAUAUCAAGAAAAAAUACACACACGCGUACACAGUUGAAAAAUCCUCCCUGAUGGGUCGAUCGCAGAGAAAUCGUUGGGUUUAUCUCAAAAUAAACAUAUAAAUAUAUGUAUAUACAUAUAUACGAGAAUAUUUAAUGAGUAUGUCGUCGCGCACAGAGCUCUAUGAGCGUUGUUCUCCGUACAGAACGAUCACGGCUUGACGAGAAGUAACUUCAAUGCUUUUCUUUCCCUUAUCGAAACAUUACUGAUUUUGAAAAUCGAGAAAUCGAUUUUCAUGAAUGGGGAAUGUUUCAUCUUUGGUAUCGAAGAAAAAAACAAGAAUGAAUCAUGAUAUCCUGUACCAGGAUCCCGAUUUUAUCCUUUUUCCAAAUAAAGAAAAGUUUUAUUCCGAGACUGAUUUGAUUGAAGAAAUAUCUACUUUCAACUUUUGGUUACCUCGUUUCCCUCAAAAUCUUUGCUCCGUGAUCGUUACUUUGCGUGAAAUCUGAAGCGUUAAAAAAAAACACUAUACACCGUUUCAACAAUUACACAGUAGACAUGAACACGAACAAUGUUUUAUUUUUGACAUCCAUCGUUCAUCGAGAUCGACCUAUUGUAGAUUGAACUGUUCAUGAAUCUUUUCACAUGGGUCGAUCCUUGCUGUUAUUUUCCAUUCGCAGAACAUCAAUAAAAGUUGUUACAUCCCGUAAA